AUGUCUAUCGGAGUUGCUAUCAUUGGAAGUGGCAUUUUUGCCCGGGAAGAGCAUUUGCCCGUGGUGCGCGCUUCAUCCGAGUUCACGAUCAAGGCAAUCUAUUCCCGCUCCCUUCAAUCGGCGCAAAAUCUCGCCUCUGAAGUCGAGGGAGUAGACCUAUAUUCGGAAGAUGCCGGCGCCGGCAAGAGCUACGCAGACCUUCUAGCUCGGAGUGACAUCCAAGCUGUCAUCAUCGCUCUACCAAUCCUCGCCCAGCCAGAUCACAUCAAGCAGGCUCUUUCCGCAGGGAAGCAUGUUCUGUCCGAGAAGCCCAUCGCAAAGGACCUAGCAACCGCCCAGGAGCUCCUGAAGUGGUACAAUGCCAAAGUUGACACCACCAAGACUCUCUGGGCUGUGGCAGAGAACUAUCGCUACCUGGCCAAGUUUAUCCGGACCGCAGAGGAAGUACGCAAGCUGGGCGGGGUGAAGAAUUUCCGGGUGUGCGUGCGCAGUCUAAUCAAGACCGACUUCAAGUACUUGAAGACGGAGUGGCGACGCAUCCCGUCUCACCAGGGCGGGUUCGUCCUCGACGGCGGCGUCCACCUGGUCGCGGGAUUGCGGCUUAUUCUCGGCGAAACUGAUGCCCUGGCCUCGUUGUCCGCGCAAUCGUCUCUCCUGCAGGAGUAUCUGGCUCCCAUGGACACCGUGGAUGCGGUGGCGCAGACCAAGUCCGGCGCGUCGGGAGCAAUCACGAUGUCGUAUGGAUCGGCGUUCAACGAUUUCGUGUUCGAGUUCGACUGCGCUCAGGGUGCUGUGACCUUGAACGGUGACCGGGUCACGGUCAAGGGCGAGCAUGUCGAUGUGCCCUUCACAGGCCGUGGAGUGAACCACGAGGUGGCCGGGUUCGCGGCAUCGAUUCGGGACGGUGCGGUGCAAGCGCUGUUGCGGCCGGAAGAGGCGUUGGCGGAUUUGGAGCCACUAGGGCGAGUCUUGCUUGGGCGGCCAAACCUGACCGCGAAAUCUCGAGACCGAUUUUCGACCCCUACGACAACUCCCAGCGCCAGCCCGCGAGAAGACGACAAGAUGGUCCUCGCAAAGAAGCACGUCCCCAUCGUCAAGAAGCGCACCAAGCGUUUCUUCCGUCACCAGUCCGACCGCUUCAAGUGCGUGCCGGAGUCAUGGCGCAAGCCCAAGGGUAUCGACAACCGCGUCCGUAGACGCUUCAAGGGCAACAUCCCCAUGCCCUCGAUCGGUUACGGCAGCAACAAGAAGACCAAGCACAUGAUGCCUUCCGGCCACAAGGCUUUCCUCGUCCACAACCCCAAGGACGUCGAGCUUCUUCUCAUGCACAACCGCACCUACGCUGCUGAGAUCGCCUCCGCCGUCUCCUCCCGCAAGCGUGUCGACAUCAUCGCCAAGGCCAAGGCUCUCGGCGUCAAGGUCACCAACCCCAAGGGCCGUGUCACCACUGAGGCUUAA